UUAAACCCCAAGGUAAGGCGUUAGGAGAGACGGUAUCUCCAGUUUCAUGGUUUUAGAUAUUUAUCGCUUUUACGUGUUAUACUUCUCCACUCAUUAGUUUCUGUUUAAGAUUUAAAGUUGUUUUUCACGUUAUGCAUGAUUUAGUGUGUUUAGAUCAAUUUCUUCCACCGGAGAACCACUACUCUUGCAUGAUAGUCAAUAAAACAACUUUCACAAACUUCUGCGGAGAUAUCAACUGACGCUUAACUAAUUUUAAGCUAUGUGUUGGUAAUGCGGUGUAAUACUAGAUGGAUAUUUUGUGUGUUUUGACGAAAACUAGUGUAGGUUGAUGAUUGUGGAAAAACAGCACAAAGUGGUAACUUUUACAGAAUAUAAAUCUGUUUAAUAAUUUAAGCACUGAAGAGGAAAGCGUUAGCUCACAGUUUGAUAGGUUUACUUCAGAAUUAUUGUAAGUUUGGUUGAAAGCCUCUACAUGAGUCUUAUGGUUAAAUACAGUAGAUAUUGAUGUCGUUUAACACUUUAUAAUAAAGUGAGGCAUCUUAGUAGUAAUCAGAUGUAAUUUCAGUGCUUCUAAUCAAGAGGAAAUUCAGGUGUGCCACAACUUAAAGUAGUUAUGAGUUCCCACUAAAUGGUAGAACAUAUUAUAAAUCUGUUCCUAGUUUAUGUAAUAGUUUAAGGGAAAAUGUACUAAAGUGGUUGUUUUCAGUUGUUCUCUUCGUUUCUCAAACUUAUACUGCUUUUACAGUCCAGAAUGUCCACCACUGCUAACCAUCCAAAGAAGAUUGGAUCAUGGUAUUUCGGUGGGAUAGCUAGUGCAAUGGCUGCUGCAUGCACGCAUCCACUGGAUCUCAUCAAAGUACAUUUACAAACUCAACAAAAGAAAGAAUUUGGAAUGUUAAAAAUGGGGAUUCGUGUGUGCAAACAAGACGGCAUUUUAGCCCUGUACAAUGGUAUAAGCGCCUCAGUUCUGAGACAGUUAACUUAUUCAAUGACUCGAUUCGGAAUGUACGAAACCUAUAAGCAAUCCAAAGGCUCUCCAUUACCAUUCGGUGAAAGUGCAGUAAUUGCCAUGGUCUCUGGAUUUUGUGGAGGUAUCGUCGGUAAUCCAGCAGAUAUGGUCAAUGUUAGGUAA